ACUGAUCUUCUUAGGCAUGACACCCUUGACUCUAUCUUUUACAAUUUGUUUCAAGCUAUUCAUAACAAACUGAGUUGUAGGCACUGGUUUAUUCCAGAAACUAUGAUUCCUGCUUCUCCAAACCAAAUAAACCAGGUUGCCACCCCUGCAUAACAAAUUUGAGUUCUGAACUUGGAAUAUCUUCUUUUGAUAGUGCUAAUGAGAUUCUGCAAAACUGGACUAACAACCUGAAUUCCUAACCAGCUGACAAGCUCUUGGAAACACAUGUUACUAUACUGACAGCUAAAAAAUAAGUGCACUUUGUGUGACAUUACAUUUAACUUUUAUUGCUUUACUCCGUUUAGCGGACAGUUCCUUACGACAAUUCAAAUUAGCCAACCUUAAUCUCUCAAUAUGUUUUAUGCAGGGAAACGAAUUUCAGCCAAGGUGAUUAUUGUCAUUGUUAGUCCUAUAGUCGCUGUCUUAGUGGCCUUGCUUGUUACGAGUACAAUCAUUCGUUACAAGAGACCCAAGACAUACGACGUUGUUGAAAUUGAUGUUGAAGGUAAUAAUACAGAUUUCACAACCGUUGAAUCCUUGCAAUAUGACCUAGCAACGCUCCGAUCGGCAACAAAUGAUUUUUCAGAUGACAGUAAAUUGGGUGAAGGUGGAUUUGGUGGUGUCUAUAAGGGUACAUUGUCAAACGGACAACGGAUAGCAGUGAAGAGGCUGUCUAUAAACUCUAGUCAAGGACUACAAGAAUUAAAAAAUGAGGUCAUACUAGUAGCCAAACUUCAACACAGGAAUUUGGUGAGGCUAUUGGGAUUUUGUUUCGAGGGGCAAGAGAAGUUACUCGUAUACGAAUAUAUGCCCAACAAGAGCCUUGACAAUUUUCUCUACGAUCCUGAAGGUCAAGGACUACUUGACUGGGGUACGCGCUACAAAAUUAUAGGAGGCAUAGCUCGAGGGAUGCUUUAUCUCCAUCACGAUUCUCAACUAAGAAUUAUACACCGAGAUCUAAAGGCAAGUAACGUCUUGUUGGAUGACGAUAUGAAUGCUAAGAUUUCAGACUUUGGCAUGGCAAAGAUUUUUGUAGUGGAUCAAAGCCAAGGCAACACAAGCAGAGUUGUCGGAACAUAUGGCUACAUGGCUCCCGAGUAUGCAAUGCACGGAAAUUUCUCUAACAAAUCAGACGUUUACAGUUUUGGAGUGUUAGUCUUGAAAAUCAUUAGUGGAAAGCGAAACAGUGCAUUUUCUGAAUCAGGGGAAGCAGAGGACCUUUUAAGCUAUGCAUGGAAACAUUGGAGAGACGGGACGCCUUUGGAAUUCAUUGAUCCAACAAUAAGAGACUCGUGCUCAAUUGAUGAAGUUAUGAGAUGCAUUCAUAUAGGCUUGCUAUGUGUUCAAUGUUGGAGUUUGUUCCUCCAAAAAAGGAAUGCUUCAAAAGAAUGAAAAACCAAUUGUCUCACAUUGAUAAAAAACUCACAUACUACCUUCUUUAUA